GGUCGAGGCUCAGUUUUCAUUUAACCUCUAUCAACACCGGUUCGAUCAACCGAAAUGUCAAUCCUCCAUUUAUUUUGUUUUUGGAUAGCCCUGGACUCUGUGAUCACCGGAUGGGUUUAUCCCAUUCAAACUUGCCCAGAGUUCGAAUUCGCAUUCGAUGCCAAUGGAGAAAAUCCUAUUGGGCUUUUCACGGCACCCAAAACAGGCGUUUCUCAAUUUAAUUGGACGGUAGAAUUCAGUUUUCACGGCUGUGUAAACAAUGCCAUUUCCGUCUUCGAACCAUAUCUCAACGAUAGUAAGAUCAAAAACCAAAUAGAGAAUGACUCGCCUGCUCAAAUGUUUGUAGGUUUUAAGGAAGAAAAUAUGUAUCCAUGGCUACCCAGGAUGACACUUCUAAAGCUAAAUGGGAAAACCCUGUGCAGCACAGAGUUACAUCUUCGAUGCUAUUCCCUAUAUACCCUAACUCGAAACUGUGCUGUACGUCGAAUAAGCCGUAAAAUCGUUAAUUAUCUUGCGGAUACCGCAAAAGUAUUUAGCUGCGAUAAUAUUUAUUCAAUAUAUUCUAUAAUCAAUUUUACAGACUGCACAGGUACAGAUAGAACUACUGCCUAAAGUGAAUGAUAGCUUAUCAAUAUUAGCAUGAUUAAUUAAAUUGUGCUUGUUCUACUAAUAAAACAUUGUAACUAAAUAAAAUG